AUGACUCCCGACAGCGUCAAGCGGACGUACGAGUGCCUGUACACGCACCAGAAGAUACAGAAGAGCAAAAAAUGGCAGGAGGGGUACUGCGAAAUUAUUGCCACCUACGGGGUUAUCAAAAUCAACCUCCUGAAUCAAAAUAGAAGUUGCAUCGAGAGCUCACUCACUAACGUGAUAUCCUUCGACAACGUCCAAGAGGAGAUCGAACUCGCGAACCACUUGGUCCAGUUCGUGGACUUAAGCAAUUAUGUGGAGAAUGUCAUUAAGAGUGACACCACCAAAAAAAGGAGAGCACUAUCCACCCCACAAAAUGAUGAAACGGUAGAUGCAAAUAGAAAUAAGAAGAAAAACAUGACAACACACUGGGAGGUGAACAAUUUGAGGCCAUUCAUAGGGGAGGAGCCACCCGCAGCUAACAUUCAAAACGAUGCUACUACAUUCCCCGUUCGAAAGACAGAGAGGUAUGUCCGUGUUAAUAGGAGGUAUGAAGUACCAAGGCGGAUUGAGCAACAUGUGGAUGUAGAGAAGGACGAGGAUCCACCUGGUGAGGCGAUACAACAUUUGGAGGAGGACCAUUCUGGGGAGGACUCAUCAGAAGGGAGACUCCCUGACAUGGUAAGGAAAAAGAAGUCAAUGCAUAGAAUAGCACCACGGAAUCUGCCUCACCCGAGGGACAGCCACGAACGAAUCAGUGUAACCUACACAAACAUACACACCUUUAAUAGUAAAAAAAAGAAUGUCAAGUGGUAUGAUGGGUUCCUCGUACAAAGGGAGGAUCUCCUAGAGCUCUAUAAUGACUUAGAGGGGAGACUACACAUUCGGAGUAGGGAUGAAAGUAUACAGCAUGAGGAGUAUGUUCAGUUUGGGAGUUACAUCGUGUAUAAUGAUUUCUGCUUCCACUCUGCCGAGAAACCACACGUGAAUGUCGAGAGGAAGCCCAGAAGAAUUAACGGCAUGGUAAAAGGUGUCAGCCUCAGGCAUGGGGGCAGGAUACCUAUGCAGUUGCAUCAGGUGCCGCGAGGGAGGGGCGACCCAGGGGAGGAUACCGACGCUGAUGAGGAGGAAGAGACCAAUGAGGGGGUGGAUGCCCGUUUGGAUGCUAACUGUCGUGUCCACUCCGCCGCGCCUGCAGAGCGACGGGCGAACCAGCACCCCUAUGCAGAGGCAGUAAGCCCCUUCAACAAAUGUGUAAGAGGGAAGGAGGGGCCCUCCGGCCCUUCGGAGGCGAAACGGAGGCACGUCGAUACUUCACCAAGUGGGAAGAAGGAACUUCCGACGGAUGACCGAGCCGGGGACAGCGACUCCCCUGAAGAAGCGUCUUCCCACCAGGCGGAUGAUAACCACCCAAAGGACGACCAACCGAAUGAGAGCCGCCGAAGGGACGACCAACCGAAUGAGCGCCGCCGAAGGGAUGAGCUGGAGUUCCCCCUUUACAAAGACCCAAGUGGCCGCAGCGACGCGUACCUCUGCUCCGCGGCCAGACAGAAACACAACACAUACGAGGAGAUCAUCAAUAUAGGGAAAGUCGUCAGUCAGAACAACUUUUUGUGGGUGAACCCACACCGAAAUGUGAUAAGGCUCCCUCUGGGAUGCAACAUGCUCAGCAGGCGCGUGCCCAGCGUGCUCCCCGCGCGACCGCCUCGGGGUGAUGAGGACGGGGGCAGCGUGGAGAAGCAACCCGGCGGGGGUGACAGAACCAGUGAGAGAGAGAGACCCUGUGGUAGUGACAGAGAGAUGGAGAAGCACCCAUGCGGAAGUGACAAAGACAAUGUGAUCCCCGAUGUGAUCCCAGAUGUGAUCCCUGAUGUGAUCCCAGAUGUGAUCCCAGAUGUGACCCCCGAUGUAAUCCCAGAUGUGACCCCCGAUGUAAUCCCAGAUGUGACCCCCGAUGUGAUCCCAGAUGUGAUCCCUGAUGUAAUCCCAGAUGUGAUCCCAGAUGUGAUCCCUGAUGUGAUCCCAGAUGUGAUCCCAGAUGUGACCCCCGAUGUGAUUCCCGAUGUAAUCCCAGAUGUGAUCUCUGAUGUGAUCCCAGAUGUGAUCCCAGAUGUGAUCCCACAAAUCAACUUCCAGACGAACUGCUUGGAGGAGGUACGAAAUUCCGAAUCGACCAUAGAAGGCGCCCACCCGAACCCGUACGAAAUAAGAAGUCUUAGCAACUUUGCAUGCACAAACAGCGGGUUCACUGCCUCCAAGAUUGAUCAAGUGUGCAGAGAAAACUUAUUCCUACCGAUAUAUAUCACCAUCUUAAAAGAAAAGGAAGAGAUGAAAAAGAGAGUACAAAACAUAAAGUUCCAGAGUAUCCCCAAUUUUUUUCUGAACAAAUCAGAAUAUAUUCACUCCUUUAUGAAUGCCACUCUUUUUCAGAUUUACUAUCAAAUGCAGUGUAAAUUGCUCUGUCUACAUGAUUUCUUGGUACCCCUUCUAGGGCAGAUGAGGGGGACUUAUAUAAAGGGGCAAUCUGUUCAGUGGAGAAGUGGUAUGGUCGUCCCUACUGGAGGGGGUCUCGCUACUGAUAGUCCAGCCAUCCAAUCUAAUGACCCAAAUGGGGGGGACAACAAGCGGAGCAAGUACCACUCGGAGGAUGACUACGCCCUGGUUCUUCAAAACGUAGAAGUGAUAUGUAGCUCGCAGGAAGAAAACAGGACUAUAUUUGGGGGUAAUAAACAAGAGAGGAGAUUUCCAAAUGGAUUCGUUACUGGGUCUGGUACCAAAGGGAAGAGAUUCUUCCUCAGAAGAACCGAAAGGGAAGUCCUACUUGUGAAUAAAAAAGAAUCAAAAAGACUGAGAAAAGAAGAAGAAAUAAAUAAGUAUGUCCACAUGAAUCAUCUGAUCGUCAUGAGGAGAGGCAUCUCCGAAGCCGACGCAUCCUACAGAUCCAUCGCUUCCUCCUCAUCCGCCUCAUCCCCCCCUUGGGUGAAAGAGGAAGACUUCCUCCUCUUUGUCCCCAAGUGGAGCUCCUUCAAACAGAAUCAUCUAGAAGUAUACCCUCUGAACGUGAGCACCUUUUCCCACAUGAAUGAGACCUUCGACGUCCAGGAGAAUAUCAAAUCAAAGGAGUUCCACCAUUUUCUCAAAAAUUACAAAAUUAAGAUUUUUCCUUUUUGUCUCUUUUUAGUGAAUCUGGGGGAUCACCUGGAUAAUCUAAAACACCUUUUUUUUUUUCUUCAAAAUUUGGAAAGAGGGAAGGUUCCGCUGAGUAGGCUGUUCCGCUCCCCGUCUGUGCACCGAAGUGAGACACUACACCUGGAUGGGCUGCUGCGGCAGAUCGGCAUCAGGACCUCUGCGUGGGAAUCUUCUUCCGAGCUCAUCGAGUUGCACAACGUGGGGGUGGACUACGUCCGUCGCCUUCUUAACAGGCUCAGGAAGGACGGACAGCUGAACGGGAGGCAGAAGUGGGUCAUCCAGUGUGUCUUGGCCUGGUUCCGAUGCGGGGGCCAGGAGCAACAGAAGGGGAAGCGGGAAAAGCGGAUGAAACGGGAGAAGCGGAAAAAGCCGAUGAAACGGGAGAAGCGGGAAAAGCGGAUGAAAGGGGAGAAGCAAGAAAAGCGGAUAAAGCAGGAGACGCAGGAGAAUUUCGAAACGGCGGAAACCACCUCCUCCGGCGAACGAAGCGAAGACCAGCUGCCGCUACCCACUCGGGACGGAAGUGGCACCCCCACUGAAGGAGGCCCCAGCGGAACCGUCACGCACCGCGGAGACAGCAUCCUCGUGAACGGCAUAUUCGGCUCGGGAAAGAGCACCCUCAUCUGCAAUGCCAUAUCUUACUUACACAAGGUGUUGACCCGUGAAGAGCGCGGCGCAAAGGGGGGGAAAGCCGCAAGAGGGGAGGGAAGCGGCCAGGGAAGCGGUCAGGGCAGCGGCGGCAAUGGUCAGGGAAGCACCGGGAGCGGUCAGGGAAGCAACCAAAGUGGCGGAAGCGAUGAGAGAAGUUCGGGCAGGACGAGCCGCCCCACCAGGCAAAUAAACCACCGAAGGCCCAGCCAAUACAAGAAGAAGAUACUCCUCAUGUGUCAUACAAACCUCGCAGUAGACAACAUCCUACUGAAGCUCAAGUUCCACUUUGACUUUCACGAUUAUGCCAGAAUUGGAAAUCUCUUCGAAAUCAAUUUUUUCUUAAUAACAAAUUUUAUUAGUAUAAACUCAAAGGACCAGAGGCAGCCCAUCGAGGUGAAGAACUACGUGCAGAGCCUUGCCCGCUCGGCCAGCGGCCCCUCCACCAGUGCUGCCCCCACCGCUAGUAGUGGUCACCCCUGCGCCAGCGGGAGCGCUUCCCCGCCGCCCGAACCAAAGUUGCACAAAAUCAAAGACAUGGACACGCUUGUUGAUGCGCUGAGGAAGAGGAAUCAAUUCGUCCUCAGAAACAAAUACAAAAACAAACGACUCAUAGCAGGUACAUGUAGAAGUCUCCAGAUAUUUGAAAAACUAAGUGCAAUAAAGGACAACAUUGACUACCUAAUCGUGGAUGAGUGCACCCAGAUAGAAGAGCUGACUCUGUUUCAAUUUCUCCUCAAAUUUGAAAUAAGAAAAUUCCUUCUCAUUGGAGAUGUGAAGCAGUUGGGUUUUGUUCUGAAGAGUCCCAGCGAUUUGACGAGGAGUAUGUUUUCGCGUUUGGUGGAGAAUGAGUUGUUUAUAAGGCAUCACCUGGCGGGAGUAGACGUCCUAGCGAGGGGCGAAGCGGAUCAUGCCGCAGGUGCGGAUGGUGCGGAUGACGCAGGUGACACAUGCGCUGCUGUUGCGGACGAGUUGCCCAUCGACCGGAUCGUGAACCGAGUGAGAAGCAUGAGCGCGGCGGAAUACUCCGCCAUGAGGAGUUACCUGUACGAUCACAUGUUCGCUCUGCAUGGGGGGGACGGGCGCGAUGCAUGUGAAGGGGAUGAGGUGAAAAUGGAAAAGCAUACGCCACGAACCCCAAAGUGUCCAGACAACCCCUUCGAAAAAGCACCACCCCGUCCAGGCAUCAACCAUCUCAUCCUUAUGAAUGAGCAGUUCAGAUGCCACCCUGAGAUCAGCUCCAUAUGCAGUUACCUCUUCUACAAUGGUAAAAUAAAAAAUGCAAAAUGCACAGAGACGAUACCACUCAUGUACAAGCGAUACGAAUCUCAUGUUAAUUUCAUUUUAUUGAGAAAGGCACCUCGGGAGAUGACCUCUGGCUCGUCCUUUACCAACGAAGUGGAGGCGACCAUCAUUUUGAGGAUCUGUGAGAACAUGAUCCGGUCUUGCAUCGAUCCUGAACAAAUAGGAAUAAUCUCCCUCUUCAAAAAUCAGACGCUUUAUAUUAAAAAUAAGAUGAAGGCAUCUGCUAAUUACGCGCGCCUCCGAAAUGUGAAGGUCGGCACGGUGGACUCCUUCCAGGGCAUCGAGAAGGACAUUAUCCUGUUUUCCUGCGUCCUGGGCAGGGUAGGCGGCAAUGGCGGAAUGGGCGGCGUUGGACGCGUUGGAAGUGUUGGAAGUGGUGGAAGCGAUCACCCCCCCAAUGGCGCCAAUUUGGUCAAUGCCGCAAAUGCCGCUGACUGCCGCGAGGACUCCUUCCAGGCCUUCUACGAGAACAGCAACCGCAUAAACGUGGCGCUGAGCAGGGCGAGGAGCCAGCUGAUCAUCGUGGCCCAGAGCAACUUCGUGGAGGGCAGUCGGGUGUGGAGCUACAUCAAAUCGCGCGCGAAGGUCUACCACUACGACUGA